CAUGAACCAGUGAGCGAGCAAUUGAUAUAAUCUCACCAGACAUUUGCACACGGUGAUAUCUUGCUUCAAGCAACUAACAACCCCUCCCUUCGCACUUGGUUGUCUCCUUUCUGUGUUUACCCCGGACCCCUGCAUGCCCACUGUCCCUUGCCCGCAUUGCAACUCCCUCAAUAUCGCCAAGGCUAUAGGAUCUGAAGGAAAUAAAAAAAAAAUAUAGCUGCAGCUCGACACAGUCCACACCUAGACGAGAUACCAGGCUGGGUCUCUGGGCAGAAGGUCGUUUAAUCCCUCCGGUGCUGGACACAACGAUUCGCACUGCCGCUUGCCGGCGCUGUAACCACCAUGUCUUCACUCACCAAGUCGCAGGCAGACGAGCUGAACAAGUCCAUCCUUGGCUACCUUGCCGUUGCAGGGCUACCUACCAGCGCAGCCGCAUUGCGAGACGAAAUCGGGAUCGGUCAAAAUUUCGAUGACGCAACAGCGAGGAAGUAUGCCAGCUUCCUGGAGAAGAAAUGGACCAGCGUAGUACGACUGCAGAAGAAAAUCUUCGAGCUUGAGGCACGGAACGCUGCUUUGCAACAAGAGCUGGAUUCAGCUACACCAACUUCGCUCCUACGCAAGAACCAGGACCCAAGCAGUUGGCUGCCUCGAGCUCCAGCUAGGCAUUCAUUGUCCGGCCACAGACAGUCUGUGACAAGUGUGGCCUUUCACCCCAUCUUCUCAUCGCUUGCCUCGGGCUCAGAUGACACCACGAUCAAGAUCUGGGACUGGGAAUUAGGUGAGCUGGAAAGAACGCUGAAGGGGCACACGAAGGCAGUCUUGGAUGUCGACUUUGGUGGACCAAGGGGGGGUACUUUGCUGGCAUCUUGCAGCUCAGAUCUGACGAUUAAGCUGUGGGAUCCCAGCGACGAAUACAAGAACAUACGCACGCUUCCCGGACAUGAUCACUCUGUGUCGGCGAUACGAUUUGUUCCAUCUGGAGCAGCAGGCAGUCCUACGUCAGGGAACCUAUUGGUAUCUGCAUCGCGAGACAAGACACUUAGGAUAUGGGACGUCACAACUGGAUACUGCGUCAAGACGAUAAAGGGCCACUCGGACUGGGUGCGUGACGUGGUGCCCUCUUUCGACGGAAGGUGGCUGGUCUCCGGUGGCAGCGACCAGACCGCCAGGCUUUGGGACGUGUCAAGCGGCGAGCAGAAAGGUCUCUUCCUGGGACACGAUCACGUGGUCGAAUGUGUUGCCAUAGCUCCUCCUGUCACGUAUGAGCAUCUUGCUUCGCUGGCUGGUCUGAAGAAACCCCCACCGGCGAGCAGCUCCGCAGAAUUUGUGGCUACAGGAAGCAGGGACAAAACCAUCAAGCUGUGGGAUGCCCGUGGCACCCUCAUCAAGACAUUGGUUGGACAUGACAACUGGGUGAGAGGUCUGGUGUUCCACCCGGGCGGCAAAUACUUGCUCUCGUGCGGAGACGACAAGACAAUACGGUGCUGGGAUCUCACACAGGAAGGAAAAUGCGUUAAGACGGUGGAAGACGCACAUAGCCACUUCGUCAACGCGAUGAGGUGGGCACCAAGCGUGGUGAAAGAAGCGGCGCCGAUGACGAACGGGGAUGGCGCGACGAACGGAACGGCGAAGAAGGCGGACGACAAGGUGCAGAUUCGAUGCGUGAUUGCUACAGCGUGCGUCGAUAUGACAGUGAGGGUUUUCGCAUCGUGAGGAGACCUCUGCGUCGUGGUAGAUGUGGAAGGAAUCCUAGCUUGAGUGAAUAUCACCGGUGGCAGAGACAUGCUAGCUGCUGUCCACUUGAGCCAGAUCACGGUCAAGUAAAUAUGAGCAGCAAAUGCUCUACAUCGAGCUACACCGCAGCUGAAAGGGGGACAGGCGACCAAAAUGAGUACAUACUCCAGUCGCUCGACAGGAAAGGCGUGAUACGGGUUAGCUGAGGUGGGCAACGAAGCGACAUGAUGAUACCAGAAGAGAGCAGUGCAGACGCAACAAACUUUAGUUAUGAAGCCAAACUGUUACAAGUAAGAGCAUCGCGAUAGCAUCCAUAGAGUUUUAUCACAUUGUGACGCUCCACUCAAGGUUGCUGUCGCCGCUAGGAGGACGGAAUGAACACUUCUCACG